AGCUACGGCGUCGCUUGUCCAGGAGCUAGCUUCAUGCUGCCACAUUGCGUUGUAGCAUUCAUUUCCACGUUGUAUAUUUUAUUGGAUAUCAAGGCCUAAUAAUUAGGCUCGUUAAAGAAAAUAACCAGUCGCGUGUGAAGGACACCAAACUGAAACGAUGACAGGCUCAAACGAGUACAAGCUAAACCAGGGACCAGAGGACAGCAUCUCUGCCGUCAAGUUCAGCCCCAACGCUGCCCAGUUCCUGCUGGUUUCCUCCUGGGACUGCACUGUCCGCCUCUUUGAUGUCGGAGCCAACACCAUGCGCAUGAAGUACCAGCACUCGGCUCCAGUUCUUGACUGUGCUUUUUAUGACCCAACACAUUCUUGGAGUGGAGGCUUGGACGCACAAUUAAAAACUCAUGAUUUGAACACAGACCAAGAUACAAUAGUUGGAGCACAUGACGCCCCCAUUCGUUGUGUGGAAUACUGCCCUGAGGUUAAUGUUAUGGUAACGGGCAGCUGGGACAGAUCAGUUCGGCUGUGGGACCCAAGGACGCCCUGCAAUGCUGGCACCUUUACUCAGCCUGAAAAGGUGUACACCCUCUCUGUGGCGGGAGACAGGCUGAUUGUUGGCACGGCUGGAAGACGAGUACUGGUGUGGGAUUUGAGAAACAUGGGCUACGUCCAGCAAAGAAGAGAGUCCAGUCUCAAGUAUCAGACCCGCUGCAUUAGAGCCUUCCCCAACAAACAGGGCUACGUCUUGAGUUCAAUCGAGGGACGUGUAGCCGUGGAGUACCUGGACCCAAGCCAGGAGUUUCAGAAGAAGAAGUAUGCCUUCAAAUGCCACAGGCUGAAGGAGGAAGGAAUCGAGCAAGUUUACCCCGUCAAUGCCAUCUCAUUUCACAGUAUUCAUAACACCUUUGCAACAGGUGGCUCGGACGGCUUCGUGAACAUCUGGGACCCCUUCAACAAGAAGCGCCUGUGUCAGUUCCACAGGUACCCGACCAGCAUCGCCUCGCUGGCCUUCAACAACGAUGGCACCAUGCUCGCGAUCGCCUCCUCCUACAUGAACGAGAAGGGUGACAUCAACCACCCAGAGGACGCCAUCUUCAUCCGCCAAGUCACAGACGCUGAGACGAAACCCAAGUGAGUCUUCCUCACCCCUUGUGUAUGACGGUUUGCCACUCACUGAAUCAUGUAUGCAGCACGUCCAGCUGCAGCAUGUGCUGAUCUCUAUCUCUGUCCGCCCACUUUUCAAUAUCCGACAGUUGAAAGAUAGACAGAUGCGAACUUGAAAAUCCUCCCACCAGUUUGUGUGUCUGUGCUGUCGUGAAUAUACACUCGGUGACCGUGUAAUGCAAUUCUCUACAAUAGCCCUGUAAUAUAUACCUUUUUUGUGAAACAAAAUCAAUGUUUGACCAGCAACUCUAAUGAUUAUUCCUUUUAAAAAUGUUUGUAUGCAGUAUAUGGUUACACAUCUUGGACUCAAACUGUAACGCAGUGGUUCUCAAACUUUUUCUGUCACGCCCCACUUUGGAGGAAGAAAAAUGUUCAUGCCCCAACAA